AUGGCGACAGCUAACAUCCCCUCGAUUGCCGUGGUGGCCUCAUCGCGCGCCGUUAUCUCCGGCCGUCUAACUUCUGCCACAAUUGUGAUCUCCCUCACCACUGGCAAGAUUACCGCCGUGUUUGACUCCGUCAUCCCGGCGUCAGAAUUCCCCGACGACACUCCCUACACCGAUUACUCGCCUUAUGUGCUCCUGCCCGGUCUGGUCGAUGCUCACGUCCACCUGAACGAGCCCGGCCGCACCGAAUGGGAGGGUUUCUACACCGGCACUCAGGCUGCGGCCUUUGGCGGUGUGACUACCGUUAUUGAUAUGCCUUUGAAUGCCAUCCCGCCCACCACGACUGUGGCCAACUUCAAAGAGAAGCUUACCGCUGCCCGGGGCAAGUGCUGGGUUGAUGUUGGCUUCUACGGCGGUAUCAUCCCUGGCAAUGCAGGUGAUCUCAAGGGUCUGGUCCAGGAGGGCGUUCGCGGUUUCAAGGGCUUCUUGAUCGACAGCGGCGUUGAUGAGUUCCCUGCUGUGAGCCAAGAGGAUAUCCAAAAGGCGAUGGCUGAACUGGCAGAUGAGCCUACCACACUCAUGUUCCACGCCGAGAUGGUCCCCCCUAUCACCGCUUCAGUGGGUGAUGAGGUCCAGAAGUCUGAGGCCCCAGCGGCGCCGGCUGGUCCUCUUGAGGCCUACUCGACCUUCCUGGCCUCCCGCCCCUCGGCCUUUGAGACUUGCGCUAUUGAGCGGAUCCUCUCCAUGGCCCACCUGGCUCCUGACCUCCAAUUGCACAUCGUCCACCUGUCCGCAAUGGAAGGUAUACCGCUCCUGCGGGAAGCCCGCGCCAAGGGUAUCAAGAUCACCGCCGAGACGUGUUUCCACUAUCUGUCCCUGGCCGCCGAGGAAGUCCGUGAUGGCGAUACCCGCCACAAGUGCUGCCCGCCCAUCCGCUCCAAGCUGAACCAGGACGGCCUGUGGGAGGAGCUGGAGAAGCAUAACAGCAACGGCGUCAUCCAGACCGUUGUCUCGGACCACUCCCCCUGCACACCAAAUCUGAAGCUGCUUCCCUCCCACAUUCCCGGUUCCUGCAUCUCCAACGGCGACAAGGUCGACGAAGAAACCGGCAACUUCUUCUCCGCUUGGGGCGGCAUCUCCUCCGUCGGCAUGGGCCUGCCUAUCCUGUGGACUGAGCUCAGCCGUCGCAAGGGUCUGACCCCCUCGCCCAGCGAUGAGAACACCAAGAACGCCUUGCAAGACGUGGUUCGCCUCUGCUGCGCCAACACCGCUGCCCAGGUCGGCCUACAGACGCGCAAGGGUGACCUCCGUGUCGGCUUUGACGCCGAUAUUUGCGUCUUCGAUGACUCCGCUGAGUGGGUCGUUGAGCCCAGCACCAUGCUCUUCCGCAAUAAGUGCUCUCCCUACCAGGGCCGCACCCUGCGCGGCAUGGUCCGCGAGACCUGGCUGCGUGGUGAGCGUGUCUUCAGCCGCGACGCCGGCUUCGACAGCAAGACCCCGGCCGGCAAACUGCUCCUCGAGAGACGGGUUUGA